AUGAGGUAUGGUUCGAAUAAGAUGAAUGUGGAAGGCCGCGACGAGAAAGAACGAAAUCACUGGGUGCGUGCAUUGGAAGGCGUUAUCCGAGACUGUGGAGGAUACCGAAAAACGCCCAAAAAUAAGGAGAGCGCCGCAGAGGCCCUUAAACGUAAAAUAACCGAAGCAGAUCAGCAUCUCUCAGAUAUUAUCCUUCAGGUAAAAGGAUUGGAAUCACUGAAGGAACAUGCUAGUGAGAAAGAACGCCGAAAUGUUGACGAUCUCAUCGCCUCCAGUAGCAAAUUACUCGACACGGUCAAACACGCCAUUAUUUUGUUGCAGGUAAAUAUUCAGGCACCAGGCGCUGUCUAG